GCCAACCUCAAGCUGCGCUUCUCGCCGCUCUCGAUGGCCCUCUUCUGCUUCGUCAUCAUGAGUACGCCGGCGGCCUGGGCGGGCAGCGUCGCGACCAGCCUCUCGGCAGGCGGCCCCGUCGCCAUGUUCUGGGGGUUCCUCGUCGUGUUUGUCGGCAGCUUGUGCGGCGCCGCCUCGCUCGGCGAGAUGGUGUCGAUCUGGCCGACUGCCGAGGGGCAGAUCGCCUGGGCUGAGCACCUUGCGCCAAAGCGCUGUGCGCGCUUCCUCCGGUACUACGUCGCGUGGCUCACAGCCGUCGCCUGGAUCUUCAUGACCUCGUCUGCCGCGUUCAUCUCGUCCAUCUCGAUACUGGCCAUGGCGGCCGCAACGCACGAGGCCUACCUACCUGCGGCAUGGCACAUCGUCCUCGUCUUCUGGGCGGUCCUCCUGUUCUCGCUCCUCGUCAACGUCUACGGCAUGCGAGUCCUCUCGGCGCUCAACAAUACGGCUGCAGCACUCGCCAUCGGCUCGACCAUCUGCAUCGUCGCCAUCCUCUUCGCCAAAUCGGCCGGCAACUUCAACUCGGCCGAGUACGCUCUUCUGCACCUCGAGAACGCGACGGGCUGGUCCAGCGACGGCAUCGCGUUCGUCGUCGGCAUGGUCACCGCAGCCUUCAGCAUCUUGGGCUACGACAGCGUCGCUCACCUGAGCGAGGAGAUGCACAAGCCGGCCAUCUACGCUCCCCGGGCCAUGAUCGGCAGCGUCCUCAUGAGCCUGCCGACGGGCCUCCUCAUCAUCCUCGCCGUCGUCUUCACGAUCAGGGACAUCGAGACGGUCGCCGUGCAGAUGUUCCCCCUCAUCUACCUCCUCCAGUCGGCAACGGGCAGCACGGCCGGCGCCGUCGUCCUCACCUCUGCGCUCUGCACGGUGUCUGCUGUCUGUGCGUCGAUCAGCAUGCUCGCCACGAGCGGUCGCGUCAUCUGGGCCUUCUCGCUCGAGGGCGGCAUUCCUGCGUCGACCUUCUUGUCCAAGAUCAGCCCGACCUGUCACGUCCCCGUGCGCGCCAUGAUGUUGAGCGCCGCCAUCCAGAUGCUCAUCGUCCUCGUCUACCUCGGCAAUGCGGCGCUGUUCAACAGCGUGCUCGUCCUCGCGAUCGCCCUCCUCAACACCUCGUAUGUCGUGCCGAACAUCCUCAUGCUCGUUCGAGGCCGACCGUCGGGCACCCUUCCCAAGGCGCCGUUCUCGCUCGGACCUGUCCUCGGCCCGGUCGUCAACCUCAUCGCGAUCGUGUACGAGCUCUUCAUCUCGGUCAUGCUCUUCCUUCCGACCGCCGUGCCGGUCACUGGCGACAACAUGAACUACGCCUGCGCGAUCUUCGGCGGCGCACACGUCCUCGCCGGCAUCUACUGGUUCAUCGGCGGCAAGAAGCGC